GUCAUCGUGACAACACAUGUCAAUGUCAAAUAUCCAAAAGGAGGUUAGGACGUAAACAUAAACUCCUAAAUAUUUUGAUUUUCAGUCCAUUUACCAUUUAAUUCUUAUUAUUGGCAAUUUUGAAAAUCAACACUUGCCUGUGUCAAAAUGAGUUUCGAUAAUGUUAAACCUAUACUCGGCGCCAUCACGAUUACAGAAGCUAAUAUACAAACCGGUAUCGUAUACAAAAACAAAAAGAUGAUCGACAACGUUAAUCUUUGGCAUAAAUUUAUUAUCCACAACCCCAGCAAUCUGAGUAGGAAUGAUCUACUGACGGCAGUCCUGGAUCAUGUUUUUCCAUUUGACUUAAUACCAGUCUCAUAUGGAAAAGAUAAUAACAAUUCUAAUUACUUUUUGGCCAGAAACUGUGCUGCAGCCAUACAGAAGCUGUGUAAGGACCAUUUGAUUGUGCCAAAUCCUUAUAAUCGAUCUCAACCUCUGAGAAUGGAGAUAAUUUUGAGAUACACAACAACAACACUGUUUAAAGUAGACGUGCAAAAAAAUAUAUCUGCUGUGCUAGAGAAACGGUUUGAUCCAACGAGACGGUGUUUGGAUCUGACCCGGUUUCAGGAUGAUCCAGAUUUGACCGAGUUUUGCCCUCUGGGACAACCUAAAAUAAUGUUUUUUGUUCUACACUUAUCGAAAAAUUUGAUUCCUGAGACAUACAUUCUCAGGGAGAAUAAGAUCAGAUUAUUACAUUCAUUCGAUGCAUUAAAAGUGUGUAUAAGCAGUAUCAGGAGCAUAGAUUUGGGAAAUAAUCAGAUUAAGGAUCAUAGUCUGUUGUCACCAUUGGUAUUAUAUAAAUUACACCAUUUGGUAUUAGAUGGUAAUCCGCUAUGUGAAGAAUACAGUUCUAAUCCUACACAGUAUAUGCGGGACAUAUUAAAUAUGUUUCCUCAUCUGGAAACCUUGGAUGGCGUUCCUUUAAAAGUGAACGAUCUGUCAGCCACGAGGCCCAACUUUUUAUGCAGUUUAGAAGGUCUAGAUCUAAUAAAUCAAUUUCUGGAGCAUUAUUUUACGUUGUACGACUCACAAAAUAGAGGGGCGAUACAGAAUCUGUAUCAUCCGCAUGCGAUGUUUUCCAUGAAUAGCACCUUUCACUCAAAUCAGGCGAGUUUGGCAGCCUACAAAUAUAUCAAUCGGUACAAGUCAAUAAGCAGAAAUUUAAAAAUGCUAGCAGAUUUUUCUAAGAGCUCUGAAUUUUUGUUCACGAGGCCAGCAGAGAUAACUAAGGCACUGUGCAGUUUACCACCAACUGAACACGAUCCGCUUUCGUUCAAGAUUGAUCUAGUAUAUCACACUGUAAGUACGAACCUAAAUAUAUGCAAACAAGGUGGUACAGUGAAAUUUUCUUUGGACGGACACCAACGGAAUCGACUGUAA